GCUACACUCCAUUGAUCAGUUGCUUCCCUCAGCAACAAAGGAGCGUAUUGAUUUCAUUCCACAUUAUGAUACACUUGUGAAAAGUGGAAUAUAUGAAUAUUAUGCUAGUGAAGGACAAAAUCCUCUGCGUUUUCUUUAAAUUACUGUUUGGCUGUCUUUAGUUUGCUGCAAGAGUUCCUGGAUAAUGAAUCUGGUUUUAAUGGAUGCUCCUUCUCCUGGAGAUAAUAAUUUUAUUAUUUUUGUCUGUUCUCUUUUCAAUUUUCAACUAGAUAAAGUCAUUCAAAGAAAGGGGAAUCUAACUGUAUGCCACUCUUGUGUACACCAUUGCUUCAUGGUAUUUUUAAUUGUAAAACCGAAAAUGUUCAGCCUUGAGGUAGUUUAUUGGGACCUAGGCUGUUUAAACACUUUUAAGCAGCUUCAUGGGAUUCUAUAAAAGUUUCCAACUUUCAGAGGGUUUACUAUCUCUCUGUACCAGUCUCAAUAUCAAAUAACUGGUGCUGUUAAGCCUCCGCAAUAUGCUGCUUCCAGACAAUUCUUAGUAAAAUGAACUCCACUCUUAAUUAACUUCCUCAUGUUCUCAUCUCCCUCUAAAUUUUCCUGGUGAUCUCUGUAAAUCACUCUCUCAAUUCAAGGAAGAUAUUACCAAGGUCUUAAAUCUUUGGUGCAAUUCCUACUUUUUGUAGCUUGUCCUGCAGCAAUUUGAUAUAGAGGACUAUGAAACUGACAAGUUUUCUGAAUAAAAACUGCCUGCACUCAUAUUACACAUCAGCCUCCGUUGCCUCCUCUCAUAUGCACAUGAAAAACUGAUGAAAUACGUUUUGUUGUAAAUGUUAAUUCUUAGAAACUUCUUUCUUUUUUAUUUAGCAUUUGCUCUUGCAGAAUUGAUUGAUAACUCAUUAUCAGCUACUUCCCAAAAUACGGGUGUACGGAGAAUACAGUUAAAGCUGUUGUUUGACGACACCCAAGGAAAACCAGCUAUUGUUGUGAUUGAUAAUGGAAGAGGCAUGUCUUCUAAACAGCUUAAUAAUUGGGCUGUAUAUCGAUUGUCAAAGUUUACACGACAUGGCGAUAUGGAAAGUGAUCAUUCAGCUUAUGUACGACCUCCAGCUGUACAUCGCAGUUUAAACAGUGAUAUAUCAUAUUUUGGGGUUGGUGGCAAACAAGCAGUGUUUUUUAUUGGACAAUCUGCUAGAAUGAUAAGCAAACCAGCGGGUUCUCAGGAUGUUCAUGAGCUUGUUCUUUCUAAAGAAGAUUUCGAAAAGAAAGAGAAAAACAAAGAAUCUGUGUACAGCAGCUACAUUAGAAACAGAAAGCUAUGUGACUCUUCUCACAUUGUUAAUGAUGAUGAAAGAUUUCUGCACAAUCUUAUAACAGAAGAAGAAGAUAAAAAAUGUUUCACUGCGGUAGUUAUCACUGGUGUUCAACCAGAUCAUGUGCACUACUUAAAAAAUAAUUUUCAUCUUUGGAUAAGGCAGUUGGCACACAUAUAUCAUUACUAUAUCCAUGGUUCAAAGGGAAAUGAAAUAAAUUUGCCAAAGAAAGAAGGAAGACCUUUUAGUAACAUAGACAUUGAGAUAUCAAUGUUUGAAAAAGGAAAGACACCCAAGAUUAUGAAUCUUAGAGAAAUCAAAGAUGACAUGCAGACCUUGUAUAUAAGCACUGCAGCAGAUAGUUUUGAGUUCAAGGCUAACGUUGAAGGAGAUGGUAUAGUAGAAGGCAUUAUACGUUAUCAUCCUUUCUUGUACGAAAAAGAAACCUACCCUGAAGACCCUUGCUUUCCUUCAAGAAUAAAAGAUGAUGAUGAAGAAGAAGAAGAUGAUGAAGCAGACUGUUUUGCAGUGGAAAGGGGAGCUAGAGGGAAAAGACCUAUUUUUGAAUGUUUUUGGAAUGGAAGACUAAUCCCAUAUACAACUGUGGAAGAAUUAGAGUGGUGUGCUGCUCCCAAGAAGAGAGGACCUACACCCAUUGAAUGUUACAAGAGAAUUUCUGGUGUAUUAUUUACAAAUGACAAAUUUCAAGUCAGCACCAAUAAACUGACUUUCAUGGAUUUGGAGAUAAGGUUAAAAGACAAAAAUACAAUUUUUACAAGAAUUGUUAAUGGACAGGCGCAGAGAAUGAAAAUUGACAGAGAAUUUGCAUCAUGGCUCAAAGAGUGCCACGAAAAGUAUGACAAGCAGAUAAAAUUUUCUCACUUCAAAGGACUAAUUACACGCCCUGAAGUGUCUUCCAAAAGAAUGCAGCGUCCCUGGGCUACAUAUUCAGCAAUCGAGUGGGAUGGAAAAACAUAUAAAGUUGAACAGCUAGUAAAAUCAAUUAAAACAGUUCCAAUAUACCAUGGAAGUAUACAAAACUUUUUUCUAUAUGGAGAUCAUGAUGGAGAUGUGUAUGCUCCAGGAGGAUUUGUUCAAUUAGCUUUGGAACCCCAAGCACUAUAUGAUGAAAUAAUGGUUAUUCCAAUACACAAACUUGAUCGUUCAGCAUCUGACACAGCACUGAAAAGAUACAUUGAAGAAGAAAUGGCCAGGCUUCCUGAUAAGUUGUCAGUCACAUGGCCUGAAGGAGAUGAAUUGUUACCAGAUGAAACAAAACUUGCUGGGUCUACUAUAGGUGCAUUAAAGGUUGAAAUUUUGAAUAAAAAAGGAGAGCCUAUGCAAAAACUUCCAGGCUCAAGGCAUGGAGGAUCAAAGAAACUGCUUGUGGAACUAAAGGUUAUUUUGGAUUCUCCUACUGGAAAUAAGGAAAUUAUUUCUCAUAUCAGUCAACAUGGGAAUAAAUGGCCUUUCUGGUUCAAAAAAAUGGAAAAUAUUAAUAAACUUGGGGCCUACACUUUGAAACUUCAAGUGGUGUUGAACGAAAGCAAUGCAGACAUUUACGCAGGACGAUCUCUUCCAUCUAAAACUUUUAAAUUUAAUAUCAUAGAGGGCAAGCCUCAGAAGUUUUCAAUAGGUCUUCUGGAUCCUCCAUUUAGAGUUGGGCUUCCAUUCAGCAUUCCUCUAGAUGUCCAGGAUGAAUUUGGUCAUUCAACUUAUCUGAGAGAAGAUAUUGUGCCUAACCUAGAGGCCAGUGGUUUAACAUUACACUAUGAAGAAGUAGAAAGAGGACCAAAUUGUGCCAUUAAAGGAAUAACAGCUUGCGGCCUUGUAAACAGUUUGCAGGGCAAGAACUUCUCUUUGAAAAUCACUCUUCCGGGUCUGAAGGAAGAAUCCCAGGUCUUGAAAAUUAAACUUCUUCCAGGUCCCCCUUGUAAAUUAGAAGUCCAACCAAAUUCUGACAUUUUGAAAACUGAGAAUGGAGUAGCAUUUCCUUUUCAUGUUAAAGUGCUGGAUAAAGCAGGAAAUCUAACAGCGCAACCCAAACUAAUUGUUCAUUGCAAGUUUUCCGGAGCUCCUGAUCUUCCUGUGUAUACUGUGGACUGCAGCAGUACCGGGUCAAAUAUUUUAACUGGUAAUGUUCUACAUGUACAAAAUAUAAAGAAGGAGCAGAUCAUUAAUGCAAAGAUUGAAAUACUUAGUUGCAAAAAUGUGCCACCACUGGAGAAGACAAUUAAAAUACUUCCUAGCAGUCGUGUUGCAAAACUUCAAAUAUUUAGUGUUGAGGGAGAAAAAGCUAUUCAUAUUAAGCACCAGGAUGAAAUUAACUGGAUUGCAGGUGAUGUGAUGCAAAAUCUUAUUUUCCAAAUGUAUGAUGAGGGGGAAAGAGAGAUCAAAAUAACUCCAACUUUGGCUGAAAAGAUUAAGGUAAACUGGACUCCAACAAUUGAUAGAGAACAAUUACUUAAUGGUUUUUUACCAGAUGUGAAAGUGCCAACAUCUGUAAACGAUCUGCGCUAUAACGAGGUGACAUUCCAUGAUGAACAUGUAUCACUGGGAAGUGGUUUUACAGUCAGACCACUUCCUGAUGAUCCAAAACAUAUAAAAUGCAGAAUCAAAGGAUCAGAUAAAUUACAAAUGUGUGAAACAUUACAAAGUCAAAUAGAGGUGAUGAUUACAGAUCAGCAUGGAAAUCACAUUCGAAAUCUGACAUCAUCUUGUGUGACUUCAUUGGGAAUUUCUGGGAAUGAUCUGGAUAAGUCAAGUCUGAAAAUUGUUUGGCAGGAAGAUACCCAAACUAUUUGUGUCACGGGUAUCAGAUUUAAGACAUGUCCGCCUGGAAUCAAAGAACUGUGCUUUGCUUGGCAUGAAUUUUCUCAUUUUGUGAGAUUAAAUUUGGUGGGAGGACCUCCAGCUAAAUUGCUUCUUAUUGAUUGGACAGACUUAGAGGAGCCUGUGCCAGUGAUUAAUGGCAAAGAACUACACAAACCUCUUAUACUCCAAGUCUGUGAUCAGUGGAAUAACCCAUCUUCUGAAUCUAAUGUCAGAAUCAACCUUUUAAAAGCUUCCAGCGUAAAGAUUACACCUUCAAAUCUGCUUCUUAAAACAGAUGAAAAUGGUAGAGCAAAUUUUGGAAUUGUUACUAUUCAUGCCCCUAGAGGAGAGCAUGUGAUGCAGUUUAAAGCCUUGUAUAAUAGAAACACAUUGUACUGCCCAGUAAUUAAAUUAAAUGUUCUGCCUGAUCCUGAGAAACCUAUAUGUUUGAAUGUCAAGUAUGACAAGGAUGCUAUCUUUAUAGCUGGAAGUACCUUUCCUGAUUUCAUGGUUAGUGUUAUUUCUGAAGCUAACAACAUUAUUGUAAAUGUAAAUCCAGGAAGAAUUUGCAUGAAAAUGUGGGAAGGACAAAGAAGCGCAACUUUAUCACAAAAUGUUACAACAUUUGGCUGCUCCAAAAAAAAAGAUGACAAGGACGAAGGCUUUUUCUACUUCAGGGAUAAAAUGGUUCCGGAAAAAGUGGGCACAUACAGCAUCCAGUUUUUGUUUGCCAUCGACAAAACAAAUGCUCUUAACAGUGAACAGAUUAUAAUUGAAGUGGUGCCUAAUGAACCAACACAGCUGAUGCCAAGAAAUUUGCCGAAUACUCCUGCCGUUACUAAUGUUUGGGCUGUUGGCAGUCGGACUCUUGUCAAGGACCUGACCCUCAUUAUAAUGGAUGAAUACAGAAACUGUACCGGAAGUGAUUUAGAUGGAAAAAUCAUAGCUAAAAUUAAAAGUUCAAUUGAGAAAGAUACAGACAUUCCUGUGUUCCAGGGAAAAACAAGUACAGUUGAAUUUCCUCUUCACAGAGGAAUUGUUGAAAUUGAGGAUCUUGUACUUGCAGAAAAUUGUCCAGGGAGAGACAGUACGGAAUAUAUUCUGGAAUUUGAGCCAGCAAUACCAGCUUUGAAAAGACAGUUGAAAUCUUACUGUCUCUCUUUUUUGUUUUACAAUGGUUACAAAAAGCAGCAGCAGAUGGCAACACUUACUAAAAGAAGGGACAAACUAUCUCAGUCAAUAAAUGCAUAUAAAAGUUUGUUUGACACCACUAAUCAGCUUCUCGGUGAACUAAAGAGUCAAAUCCUAGAAACGGAAAAAAAGGAGGCUCAGCUGAAGAACAGUCUGGAAAGACAUCAGAUUGAUAUACCUCAAAUGAAUGCUCUGCACUAUGUUGAUUCUUUAAUAACACAAAAAAAGUCUGAGCAGGAAGAAAUAAUGAAGCAACCUAGAAGAUCGUGCACAAUUAGCAAUUAUCCCAGAAGCCAAGAUGUGUUGGGCAAGAUUUCACACUUGGCACAGAUUGAAGAUAAUGAAGUGGCAAAGGUCAUCUCUUGGCAUCUGGCAAGUGAUAUGGACUGUGUCGUCACUCUAACUACUUCUGCUGCCCGCCGUAUAUUUGAUGAAACCCAAGGCCGGCAGCAAGUAUUGCCGCUUGACUCUAUUUAUAAAAAAAGUCUACCAGACUGGAACAGGCCUUUACCUCACCUACGAAAUGGAAGAAACUCUUUCAAGCCUAUGGGAAUACCCAUAUUUGCUAGGGACUUGCUGACAUUUCCAGAACACACAGAGAACUGCCAGACAGUGUUUGGGAUGCUCUUAGGAGAAACCAUCAUUGUUGACAAUCUGGAUGCUGCAAAUCAUUAUAGAACAGAGGUUGUGAAAAUUUCACAUUGCCCAACUUUACUGACAAGAGAAGGAGACAGAAUUCGCAGCAAUGGCAAGUUUGGAGGCCUUCAAAAUAAAGCCCCUCCCAUGGAUAAACUUCGAGGGAUGGUUUUUGGAGAACCUCUUCCAAAGCGUUACAAUAUUCUCUCUGAGCAGAUAGAUCUCCUUCAGCAAUACCGUACAGCUGUUUUGAGACUUUAUAAAGUAAAAACAGAACUUGAAGAUCAAGAAAAAACCAUGAAUACUCCAGAAAUGCUAAAAAAGAAAGAACAGCUUGCUGAUCAAGAGAAGACUCUCAAGUCAAUAGAGCAGGAAUUAGGUAUGACUUCACCAGCUCAAGGCACCACAUCAUCGCUUCCCCCAGGAGAAAAUGAUUUAACUGAAAGUCCAAGUCCACCAAAAAGAAUGCGGAGGAUUGUAUAGUCCAGAAGAAUGGGUUUCAUCGUCUCCUGUGAAGAAACAGCAGCAAACAGUAACUAUAACAUCAGACGUUAAUGUAACAUCUCGAAAAAACACAGAAUAACUAGAUUUGCUUAAAAGUAACUAUAUAUUUAAAUAUGUAAAUGUUGAAGGAACAGGUUGUUACUAUCAUUAAUACUUUUAUACUGAUUGUGAAUUCUUAUUUGAAGCAACAGCUUACUUAAUUUUGAAUACUUUUUAUUUCAAUGUCCCGCAUUUAUUAGACUUCAAUAUGUGGAAGUAUAAAAACACAUUAUUUAUGAAAAGUUUCAAAUUUUGCAAUAAAAAUAUUGCAAUACUAUAUGAAUUGUUAAUACGAUACAGCAUUAUUAAUUUACAUUGCUGGAUGUGACAAAUUCUCUUUUUUGGAAAACCUUAUGUAGACUAUACCACUGUAAACAGUUUUAUAUGUACCAAGUAAAAAUAUACAAUUUAAAUAUGAAUUUAAUGACAACUUGUGUCCAUAUGCAAAGUUCUUAAGCACUGUCCCUAUUUAAACUAAGUUAAUAAUGAGGCGCUGAAGCUAAGGAUGCGAGUAUUGUGAAGACUGAUAAGACAAUUUAUCUUUUACAUAUUAGUUAUCAAAAGCUAUUUGCAGUUAGACAGUUAAUACCAUGGAAAUCAUGAAACACUGAGCAUCAUCUCAGGCUUAACCUCCAUUAGAAAAACCAACACCAAGAAUAAAAAAACUGUAUGAAAACAUGGACACAAGUAACUUUACUUGGUGUACAUUGAUUUCUUAUAUUAAUAAAACAAAAAAAAUCAAGCACCAACCAUUCAUGGUCAUAUGUGAAAUAAUGCAUUUGGUUGAAAUAAACAAUAACAACCGGUUCCCAAAAAUAUACAUUAUAGGAAUGUUUUACAGUGGUGUUACUUUGUAAGCCUUGUUUCAUGAAUUGUAUUUCAUAUUGGUUUUUGAUAAAGAUUAUUUUUUAAAACUG